GUCAUACAGAAGGUUUAAGUACUGAUUUCACAGAAACAAUUCCUCCUAUUAUAAAUGAUGAAUUUCCUGAAGUUGAUUUCAGUCUAAUAUUAAGGGAUAUCAAACUAUCAAUAUUUGCUAAACUAAUAAAAAACAACAAAAUAAAAACUAAGGAAGAUGCUAA